CAAAACUAGAAAAGAGAAAAUAAGUCUUAAAUUAAAGGACUAAUAAGAAAAUGGGAAGCAAAACCAUUGUCUCGAUAAUCUUGGUUGUAUGCCUUUGUGCUGCUUUUUUUGUCGUUCAAGGAGUAGCUCAAGUGCAACUGCCUUCAUUGAGUCCCGGGCUUUUCCCUCCCGGUUCACCUAUUGAUCUGGUGAAAUGUUGGUCGUCUCUUUUUAACGUUCAAGGGUGUGUGCUCGAGAUCUCCAAAUCAAUUUUCUCUGGCAAGUUUGAAAACGUUGAAGGUGCAUGUUGCAAAGCGUUCUCGACUUUAGACGCAAAUUGUUGGCCUCACAUGUUUCCCUUGAAUCCGUUCUUCCCACCUCUCCUCAAGGACAACUGUGCACGCAUCAACUCCAACUUACCUACACACAAUUGA